AUGGCCACGACACAAGCCCCCGUCGUGCCGCCCAAGCGUCGCCGGAUCGGAGUCCUGACCUCCGGUGGUGAUGCUCCGGGCAUGAAUGGUGCUGUGCGGGCUGUCGUCCGUAUGGCCAUCCAUUCCGAAUGCGAGGCCUACGCCGUCUUCGAAGGUUACGAGGGUCUCGUCAAUGGCGGCGACAUGAUCCGUCAACUACACUGGGAGGACGUCCGCGGAUGGCUCUCCAGAGGUGGUACCCUGAUCGGUUCCGCCCGUUGCAUGACCUUCCGGGAGCGCCCCGGUCGUCUCAAGGCUGCCAAGAACAUGGUUCUGCGGGGAAUUGACGCCCUGGUGGUCUGCGGUGGUGAUGGCAGUUUGACCGGUGCGGACGUCUUCCGCUCCGAAUGGCCCGGUCUGUUGCAAGAAUUGGUCGCCACGGGCGAAUUGACCCAGGAACAGGUCAACCCCUACAAGGUUCUGAACAUCGUGGGUCUCGUGGGAUCCAUCGACAAUGACAUGUCCGGCACCGACGCAACCAUUGGCUGUUACUCGUCUCUGACUCGCAUCUGUGAUGCUGUCGACGAUGUUUUCGACACCGCUUUCUCCCACCAGAGAGGUUUCGUCAUUGAAGUCAUGGGCCGGCACUGCGGUUGGCUUGCGCUUAUGGCCGCAAUCAGUACUGGUGCCGACUGGCUGUUCAUUCCUGAAAUGCCCCCCAAGGAUGGCUGGGAGGAUGCCAUGUGCGACAUCAUCACCAAGAACCGUACCGAACGCGGCAAACGUAGAACCAUCGUCAUCAUAGCAGAGGGUGCUCAGGAUCGGCAGCUCAACAAGAUCUCGAGCAACACUAUCAAGGAUAUCCUCACCAAGCGUCUGGGCUUGGACACCAGAACGACCGUUCUGGGUCACACACAACGCGGUGGUGCCGCGUGCGCCUAUGAUCGGUGGUUGUCCACUCUGCAGGGCGUGGAGGCCGUUCGCGCCGUGCUGGACAUGAAGCCCGACACCCCAUCGCCCGUCAUCACAAUCCGUGAAAACAAGAUCAUGCGCACCCCGCUGAUGGAAGCGGUUCAGGCCACUAAGGAGGUCACUCAGCAUAUCCAGAACCGCGAGUUCGAAACCGCCAUGGCUCUGCGCGACUCGGAAUUCAAGGAGUACUACGACGCUUAUCGGAACACCGCUACCCCCGAUCACCCGAAGAUGCUCCUACCGGAGAACAAGAGAAUGCGUAUUGCAAUCAUUCACGUCGGUGCUCCGGCUGGUGGUAUGAACCAGGCCACGCGUGCCGCCGUCUCCUACUGUCUCACUCGGGGCCACACACCCCUUGCUAUUCACAAUGGUUUCCCCGGUCUGUGUCGGCAUCACGCUGAUAAGCCCGUGAGCUCGGUGCGGGGCGUCCAAUGGCUGGAGCAGGACGCCUGGGUGAACGAAGGUGGUUCGGAUAUUGGAACAAACCGUAGCCUGCCAUCUGAGGAUUUUGAUACCGUCGCCAAGUGCUUCGAACUCUACAAGUUCGACGGGUUGUUCGUCGUCGGUGGUUUCGAGGCCUAUACGGCCGUCAGUCAACUGCGCCAAGCACGCCAAAAGUACCCUGCCUUCAAGAUUCCCAUGGUGGUGCUCCCUGCGACCAUCUCCAACAACGUCCCGGGAACCGAGUACUCCCUGGGUAGCGACACUUGUCUCAACACCUUGAUCGACUUCUGCGAUGCUAUUCGCCAGUCGGCGUCCUCCACCCGCCGCCGUGUGUUCGUCAUUGAGACCCAAGGCGGCAAGUCGGGCUACAUUGCUACCACGGCCGGUCUUGCCGUGGGUGCUGUGGCUGUCUACAUUCCCGAGGAAGGUGUCGACAUUAAGAUGCUGGCGCGGGAUAUUGACUUCUUGCGCGACAACUUCUCCCACGACAAGGGAGCGAACCGCGCUGGAAAGAUCAUCCUGCGCAACGAAUGCGCGUCCAACACCUACACGACCCAGGUGAUCGCGGACAUGAUCAAGGAGGAAGCCAAGGGCCGGUUCGAAUCGCGUGCCGCUGUGCCAGGUCACUUCCAGCAGGGUGGCAAGCCCUCGCCCAUGGACCGAAUCCGCGCGCAGCGCAUGGCGAUCCGCUGUGUCCAGCACCUGGAAGAAUUCAAGGGCAAGACUCCUGACGAGAUUGCGGCCAACGAGCUGUCCGCCUCGGUCAUCGGCGUCAAGGGCUCCCAGGUGUUGUUCUCGGCGAUGGGUGGCCCCAAUGGCCUGGAGGCCACGGAGACUGACUGGACCCGCCGUCGCCCCAAGGACGAGUUCUGGCUCGAACUGCAAGACACGGUCAACAUCCUGUCGGGACGGUCCAGCUGGAGUGAUGGACGCCGCACAUGGGCUCACCAUGAGCAUGCGUGA